AUGCAGGAAGCUGCCACUGAUCAGUCACUCAACACCAAGAAUGUCUUCUUGUCAGCUCUCCGUUUCGCCAUGUCCAUCGACACACUGAAGAACACUCCUGAGGUUGAUCAAGAACUCAAAACCUCAGCUCAAGAACAAGUGGAGUUCAUGCUAUCUGAGCACAAAGAGGUACGGCUACUGAUUUCUGAAGAGGAAGUGAAAUCGGUAGUAAGACUAGGCAUCUCGAACGCUAUCUCGACGUUACUAGACAGAUUAUCAUCUCUGCUUCAUCGUCUUCCUGAUUGUCCUGAGUUUGAUGCUCUUACUACACUCUAUGAUAUGGAGUGGCUGUGCAAAGUGUUGCCGAGGAUGGAGUUGAUGAAAGAUCUUGUCUUUAAGUGGGCUGAUGUAUCAAACGAGAUUCUUGUGAUUGUUCAGAACUGUAAGUUGGAUUGUAGGAUAUUGGGUGUGAAGGUGAAGCUAGUUGAGGUUACAGGGAAGGUUUUAGAAGCGGUGGGUUAUGGAGUUGUGAUUGCUCCUUCAAGAAGCAGAGCUUGUCUUGUGAAGAAAUGGUUGCCUUUCAUAAGAAAGUUGAAGACUUUGGUUGAUGCAGAAGGAUCUGAGUCUUGUGAGUAUAGAAUGGAUGAAGAUCUUUGUGAGUUCAUUGAAGGAUCUAUGGUGUCUUUGGUUUUGACAUUGCCUUCUAAUGAUCAAGCAGAGGUGUUUGGGGAAUGGAUGAGAGGGAUUGGGUUGGAAGGUGUGAAGUUUCCGGAUUUGAGUGAAGCUUUUGAGGUUUGGUGUUAUAGAAGUAAGUCUGCAAAGAGAAGGUUGUUGGAAAGAUGUGACAGACUUGCAAUUGAGAAUCUUUCUCUCUAA